CGUUUCCAGCCGAGCCGGGCCGGGCGGCGCUCCCCGAGGGCGGGAUGGCGAAAGUGGUGGCGGCCCUCAGGAACCACUGGAAGAAAUCCACGGUCGGCGCCUGCCUGCUGGGCUGGGGCGGGCACUGGCUCUAUGGGAGGCACUGCGAUAACCUGCUACGAAGAGCUGCAUGCCAAGAAGCCCAGGCUUUUGGCAAUGAGCUGAUCCCUCCCACUAUGCCACUGAAGAAAGCAACAGUGUUCCUCAACCCAGCAGCUUGCAAAGGCAAAGCCAGGAACCUUUUUGAAAAGAAUGCAGCACCAAUUUUGCACUUAUCUGGCUUGGAUGUAACUGUGGUUAAGACUGAUUAUGAGGGACAAGCAAAAAAGCUGCUGGAAUUAAUGGAAAACACGGAUCUGAUCAUUAUUGCAGGAGGAGAUGGCACAGUACAAGAGGUCAUAACUGGACUUCUCCGCAGAGCAGAUGAGGCUGCCUUCAGUAAGAUUCCCAUAGGAUUCAUACCUCUUGGAAAAACCUGUACUCUGAGCCACACGCUGUACCCUGAGAGCACGAACCAAGUCCAACAUAUUACUAAUGCUACACUGGCCAUUUUGAAGGGAGAGACAGUUUCACUUGAUGUCUUGCAGAUCAAGGGAGAAAAGGAACAGCCUGUGUUUGCAGUCUCUAGUUUGAGAUGGGGAUCUUACAGAGAUGCAGGAGUUAAAGCUAGCAAGUACUGGUACCUUGGGCCUUUGAAAACCAAAGCAGCUCACUUUUUCAGUACAGUUAAGGAGUGGCCUCAGAAACAUCAAGCUGCUCUCAUGUAUGUGGGUCCAACUGAGAGACCUCCAGAAGAGCCAGAGGAAAAACCAUCGAGACCUCCUUUAUAUGUGAGGCUUUACAGACGACUUCGCUCCUACUGGUCACCGCCAAAAGAAGUUCCCCGGGAGGUAGCCCCGGAGGACUGGGAAGAACUGAAGCUAUCCACCAUUGAGCUUUCCAUUGCAACUCGGAACAGGCAGCUUGAUCUAACACGCACUGAGGACUUCAUGGACAUUUGCAUUGAAGCAGAGACUGUCAGCAAGGGAGAGUUUGUUCACAGAGGAAGUCAAAAGAUGCGUGACCCACAUACGUGUCCUGAAGGGAGUCAGUGCAUCCAAGCCAGCAGAUGCAUCUUGCAACUUCCAGAGGGCACUGAGGGAUCCUUUGGCAUUGAUAACGAGGAGUAUGAAGCUAUGCCUGUGGAGGUGAAGCUGUUACCCCGGAAACUCCGGUUCUUCUGCGAUCCCAGAAUGAGAGAGCAGUUGCUCCAUGCAGCAGUACAAUGAGAAUCCAUGAGAAUCCAGGGGCCAGUGUUUACCAGUCUUACCAGGGUCUCUUCAAGGUUCAUGAGACCUCACUAACUUGAUUAACCCCAGCAGACUAAUAAGCCUUUUGGCUACUUCUACGCACAAGUGGAUGAUUUGACUGGUCUCAAAGGGGUUAAAAAUGCAAAUGAAAAUUCUGAGAAAUGCAUGUUAACUUGAUGGCAUCUUUUUUUUCCCCCCCUCCCUCUGAGAAGUCAUCAGUGUUCCACUUACAGCACUGCAGGCCGAGUGCUGUGUGCCAGAUGCUACUGCUGUAGUGCAAUUGUAUAUUAAAGUAAAACAAAAGCACA